AUACGGAACGACAUUCAUAACCAUGUGUAAACUAUUGAAAAGUUAAAUGAAAGUGUUAAACAAUUUGAAUUUUGUGAAAUGUACCUUAACCAAUAUACUUUCGAAAAAAAUUUGGAGUGGCGAUUGUGUGUAUGACUGUGAAAAGAAAGGCGGGCAGCGCAUCGGAGAUGCUAAAAAUAAUGGAUAUCCUAAGAGCAAGUGUUGGUCAGGCGCCGGGGCGGUCUGCUGCGGCGCGCCCGCCGUGCCGAGUCGCGCGUGCGAUGCGGAGCGGUCCCCGCCGCCCGCGCCCCCGCCCGCUCCGCCCGUGCACUGUGCGAGACCCUGCUGCCGCGACGCGACUGUCGGAGAUAGCAGCGAGCAGGUGCGCGCCCAAAUCCCGAGUGGCGCGGCGGGCGCGCGACACAAGACGGCUCCCCAGGCCGCAACGACGACGGCCCACAGCAAGCAGCUGGCGGCGGGCGGGGCCAACCACCCGCCCCAGCCGCAAGGAUCCGGUUGCGGUGGCGAUGGCGACUACCAGUUGGUGCAGCACGAGGUGCUUUACAGCUCGUCCAAUCGGUACGAGGUGUUGGAGUUCCUCGGGCGAGGCACCUUCGGGCAGGUGGUGAAAUGCUGGAAGAAGGGCACCAAUGAGAUAGUCGCCAUCAAGAUCCUCAAGAACCACCCCAGCUAUGCUCGCCAGGGGCAGAUUGAGGUGUCCAUCCUCUCCCGCUUGUCGCAAGAGUCGGCGGACGAGUUCAACUUCGUCCGCGCGUACGAGUGCUUCCAGCAUCGCUCGCACACGUGCCUCGUGUUCGAGAUGCUGGAGCAGAACCUGUAUGACUUCCUCAAGCAGAACAAGUUCUCGCCGCUGCCGCUGAAAUACAUUAGGCCGAUACUGCAGCAGGUGCUGACCGCGCUGCUCAAACUAAAGCAACUGGGCCUCAUCCACGCGGACCUGAAGCCGGAGAACAUAAUGCUCGUGGAGCCGGCGCGGCAGCCCUACCGCGUCAAGGUCAUCGACUUCGGCAGCGCCAGCCACGUCAGCAAGGCCGUCUGCAACACCUACCUGCAGAGCAGAUACUACAGAGCACCAGAAAUAAUCCUGGGGCUGGCGUUCUGCGAGGCGAUCGACAUGUGGUCCCUGGGCUGCGUCGUGGCCGAGCUGUUCCUGGGCUGGCCGCUGUACCCCGGCUCGUCGGAGUACGACCAGAUCCGCUACAUCUCGCAGACGCAGGGGCUGCCCACCGAGCACAUGCUCAACAGCGCGAGCAAGACGGCCAAGUUUUUCUACCGUGACGUGGACAGCACGUACCCGUUCUGGCGGCUGAAGACGCCCGAGGAGCACGAACUCGAGACCGGCAUCAAGAGCAAGGAGGCUAGGAAGUACAUCUUUAAUUGCCUCGACGACAUCGGACAGGUUAAUGUACCAACAGAUCUUGAAGGCGGCCAGCUAUUGGCCGAGAAAGCAGACAGAAGGGAAUUCAUUGACCUACUCAAAAGGAUGCUUACUAUGGACCAAGAAAGACGAAUAACCCCGGGCGAGGCGUUGAACCACGCUUUCGUGACGCUCGCCCACCUUGUCGACUAUGCCCACUGCAAUAACGUCAAGGCCUCAGUACAAAUGAUGGAGGUGUGCCGGCGGUCCGGCGGCGGCGUGGGAGGCGUGGGCGCCGGCGAAUACGUGGGCUCGGUGGUGGCGCCGGCGCCGCCGUCUGCGCACCACCUCGCGCUCACCAUCAACCAGCAGCGGCUUCGCGCGGCGCCCUAUGACAACCUGUACCAGCUGUACCAGGGCGGGCGCGUGGCGGUGGGCGGCGCGCGGCAGUACGCCACGCGCGCGGCCGAGCCCUUCCCGCACCAGUUCGUGUCGUCCAUACUGUGCCAGCCGGCUUACCAGGUGCAGCAGCUAGCAGCAGCAGCGGCAGCAGCAGCGGCCGCCCACCACCAGCACGGCGUGGGCGGCGUGGGCGUGGGCGUGGGCGAGCACGUGGGCGAGUGGCGCGCGCCGCUGAUCGUGGAGCCGGCGCCGCUGGAGCCCGACGUGUGGGAGUUCCACCACCACGCGCACCACGCGCCCGCCGCGCCCGUGUCGCACCACCAGCACCACCACACGCACAAGAGGUACGUUGGUGUAGCCAGUGUCUACGUAGCGGCAGCAGCAGCAGCCGCCCACCACCAGCACGGCGUGGGCGUGGGCGUGGGCGUGGGCGAGCACGUGGGCGAGUGGCGCGCGCCGCUGAUCGUGGAGCCGGCGCCGCUGGAGCCCGACGUGUGGGAGUUCCACCACCACGCGCACCACGCGCCCGCCGCGCCCGUGUCGCACCACCAGCACCACCACACGCACAAGAGGUACGUUGGUGUAGCCAGUGUCUACGUAGCGGCAGCAGCAGCAGCCGCCCACCACCAGCACGGCGUGGGCGUGGGCGUGGGCGUGGGCGAGCACGUGGGCGAGUGGCGCGCGCCGCUGAUCGUGGAGCCGGCGCCGCUGGAGCCCGACGUGUGGGAGUUCCACCACCACGCGCACCACGCGCCCGCGCCCGCGCCGCACCACCAGCACCACCACACGCACAAGAGAUCGACUAAGCAGCAGGCGAGCGCAGUGCCGCACUAUCAGCCGCACCACCAAACACAUCAAUACAGCAGCCUGGCCAGCAGCGGCGGCAAGAAGGAGCCGACUCAGCUGUCGCCGGUCAAGAAGCGCGUCAAGGAGGGCACGCCGCCGUCCCGCCACCGCCACCACCAUCACGACCACACGAACACGCGAGCGGUGAACAGUAGCGCGGGCGCGUGGGAAGCGGCGCCGGCGCCGGCGUGCGGCGCCCACACCAUCACCAUCCGCGACACGCCGUCGCCCGCCGUCUCCGUCAUCACCAUCUCCGACUCCGACGACGAGGGCCCGCCGCCCAACAACACAGGUGAGGAGUCUCUUGGGCUGUACAUCCGCGACACGCCGUCGCCCGCCGUCUCCGUCAUCACAAUCUCCGACUCGGACGACGAGGGCCCGCCGCCCAACAACACAGCACCGCCCACCUUUAACGGUAACUAUAACUGUAACCCGCCGGCGUGCGGCGCGCACACCAUCACCAUCCGCGACACGCCGUCGCCCGCCGUCUCCGUCAUCACCAUCUCCGACUCCGACGACGAGGGCCCGCCGCCCAACCACACAGCACCGCCCACCUUUAACGGUAACUAUAACUGUAACCCGCCGGCGUGCGGCGCGCACACCAUCACCAUCCGCGACACGCCGUCGCCCGCCGUCUCCGUCAUCACCAUCUCCGACUCCGACGACGAGGGCCCGCCGCCCAACAACACAGCAGGCGGCGCCAGCAACAGCUGCGAGGCGCCGGCGCAGGCCGCGCCCACGCCGCACGCGCCAUCCGUCAUCUGCAGCGCGGCGCGCGACGACCGCGCCGUCAAGCACGAGCCGCACCACCAGCCCUGCCACCAUCAUCAUCCGCACCAGCAACAGCAGCCGCAACAACAGCAGCAACAGCAGCCGCCUCCGCAACCUCAGCCUGCCCAAGCGGCGCCUCCUCAGCCGGCGCACGGCAGCACGCAGCGCCCGAGCGGCGCGGCGCCGGCGCAGCCCACGCCGCAGAGCCAGAAGAAGCGCAUCCUGCUCCUGGCGCAGCAGGACGCCGCCAAGCGCGAGCCGCACGAACAUCUGCCGCAUUACGCGCACCACCCGAGCGGCACGACUGUGCGCCAAUCGAACGACUACCAGUGCAAUCAGUACGUGCCAGCACAACACAAAAGGGAUAGUAGCGGAGGCUGCCGCGAGUACAUGGGCGCGGGCGGCGUGGUGGGUGGCGUGGUCGGCGGCGUGGUCGGCGGCGUGGUGGGCGGCGCGGCGGGCGUGGUGGGCCCGCCGCAGGCGCACAAGCACCCGCCGCACGCCUGGCACCACCACCCGCAUCCGCACUACAAGCCCGGCAGCGGCGGAGUGCUGUCGCCGGGCGGCGGCGUGUCGCCGGGCUACCUGCCGCCGCCGCUCUACGUGCCCACCUACCACUACCACACCGGCGGCGCGCACGGCGUGGGCGGGGUGGCAGGCCCGCCGCCGGCGCACCACGGCAGCGGCGCGCGGCUGCCCGGCUACCUGCAGCCCUACUCGCCCACCUACCUCGUGCCGCAGCACCCGCAGCAACACCUCUGGUACACCGACUGAGCCUGCCGCGCCCACGCCCCAGCCACACAGGGGGCAUGUCACGGCCGUGGCGUGGCACUGUCGAGGGUGUCACGCUAAGAG